AUGGACAUACCACCCAAACUAGUGAGAUUGACUAAAAUGACCAUGGAACCGUCAUUGGCAAGAGUUGCAACACAAGAUGGAGACACGGCAGAAAUUAAUAUCAGAAAAGGAGUCAGACAAGGAGAUUCCCUCUCCACUACACUGUUUAACAUUGCACUAAACGGCGCAGUAGAAGCAACCAAGAAAAAGUCUGGAGGAGAGUCUAAGAUUACUCAUUGCACAAGCGAAACUAAGAGGACUGAUAAUCAACGAAGACAAAACAAAGUUUAUGAGAAGCAGCAGAAAAAACGCCAGCAAAAAACCUUUCUCCAAAUAGACGCAUAUAAAUUCCAAGAAGUGGAAGAGUUUAAAUACCUAGGAGUGACAAUAACCGGAGGAAACGACAGAAACAAAGAAAUCAAAGAACGUAUAAGGCAGGGAAUAAAGCCUGCUGGAGUACCAACAUCAGUAGCUACCGACGACGCGGAAACCAUGUGUUUGACAAAACAAGAGGAAGAAAAAUUGAGAAUUUUAGAAAGGAAAGUAAUUAGAACAAUCUCGGCUCCCAUAACAACAAACGGGGACCAAUACAGAAAACUAACAAAUGCCGAAAUACUACAGAUUCUAGUCAAAGUCACCAAAAAACAAAGACUAAGAUGGUUCGGCCACAUACUGCGAAGGGACAACAACACAACAAUAAAAAGAUACUUAAAUGGAGACCAACGGAAGAUAGACCCAGAAGAAAGCCAAAGUUAA